AUGCGACUGGGCAAGUUGAGCCGCUUGGCUCUGCGCUUCUGGAUAAGAUUCAUCCUGGUAAUGGGCUUCUCCAGCCACUACUAUAGUCCCACUCGACGGAGCCUGGUGCACUCCCGAAUCCUGCAGACAUUCGACUGGCUGCUAAUGGCCAUCAACUUGGUGGCGUUUUACGCAUACUACAAAUACGCCCAAACGUAUUUCAUGGAGGCCACGUUUAGGCGGCAAGGAUUCGUGAUGCAGGUGUCCACUUUCAACGUGUUCCAGCAGCUCAUGAUGACAGUGACCAACAUUGUAUGGCACCUCCUAUUUGAACGAGAGGUAUGCGAGACGUACAAUGAGGUGUCCAGGAUUUUGGAGCAGGACCUGAAGCUUGAAGAGCACAGUCGCUUCUACUGCCUGGCAUUUCUGGCCAAGAUACUCAACUUUUUGCACAACAUGAACUUCGGGCUAAGUGUCAUCAUCCAUUGGGGCAGGCGACCAUUUAGUGCUUGGGAUUUGCUGGCCAAUCUGUACUUCGUCUACAACUCGCUGGCCAGGGAUGCCGUGCAGGUGGUCUAUGUUCUACUGCUUCUCAAACUGUCUGAGGCACUGCGUCUGAAUGGCCAGCAGGAGUACGGCUCCUACAGCGGCCUCAUGAAGCUGCUGCACAGACAGGAACGAUUGCUGGGCAUCGGGAGGCGGGUGCAUCAAAUGUUCACUUGGCUGGUGGCGAUGGCCUUGUUUUACCUGGUGUUCUUCAACACGGCCACCAUUUACCUGGGCUACUCGGUGUUCGCCCAGGAGCACGACCCCUUGGGCUUGUAUGGUACAGGCUGGAAAUUGCUGUUCAUGGUCUUCUCCUUUUUGGUCAUUUUAUGGGACGUCCUACUCUUGCAGAUUAUCUGUGAAAAGCUGCUGGCGGAGGAAAACCAAGUCUGCGCCAGUCCGAAGGAUGUGGCUUCUUCCAGGACAACUUACAGGCAGUGGGAUAUGUCCGUUUUGAGGCGAGCCAUUAGACGAGCAUCGCCGGAGAACAAUGUAUUUGGCAUGUUUAGAAUGGACAUGCGAUGUGCCUUCGCUUUGAUAAGCUGCAGCUUGUCCUAUGGCAUUAUAAUCAUUCAAAUUGGAUAUAUCGCAGACUAA